AUCAUUUCUCGCAACUAAGAGUAACAUUUGAGCAUGACCAAGUCGAAGAACCAAAAGUCGCAGCGCGACUCGUCCGUGCGCGGGUUCAGCGCGAACAAAGCGGCCAAGAAGAUGGCCAAGAAGAAGCUUCAGAAGGUCAAGUCCGCGGCUUCGGAAAAGGCGCCAGUGACCAAGCAGCCCGUGUACCCCCAGUCGGAAAAGGCUAAGGCCAAGAAGGGCACGGCUGCAGGUGGACUGUCGGCCAUGCAGGAACAGAUGAAGAAGCGACUGGAAGGUGGCAAGUUCCGCAUGCUGAACGAGCAGCUGUACACGACGACGGGCGACGAAGCGUUCAAUUCUUUCCAAGCCGAACCAGAGCUGUUCGACACGUACCACGAAGGAUUCCGUGAAAUGGCCGAGAAGUGGCCCGCGAACCCUCUCGACAAGUUCAUCGACUACGUGAAGCUGCACCCGAAGGCCAUCGUGGCCGAUUUUGGCUGCGGCGACGCGCGGUUGGCCGCCAGCGUGUCCAACACAGUGCACUCGUUCGAUCUCGUGUCUCGCAAUCAAUACGUCGUCGCAUGCAACAUUGCACAUGUCCCGCUCCCAGACGAAUCCGUAGACAUUGCUGUCUAUUGCUUGGCGCUGAUGGGGUCGACACUGGUCGAGUACCUAUUGGAAGGCCGCCGAGUGCUCAAACUUAACGGCGUGGUCAAGAUCGCCGAAGUGAAAAGUCGAUUUGAAACCGAUUCGUUGGGAGGCAUCAAGGGAUUUGUGAGGUCGAUGCAAGAUCUCGGAUUCGACCUCAAGCACAAGGACGAAAACAACAAAAUGUUUGUCACGUUUGAAUUCACAAAGGUUAAGCGCGCCCCCAAACCCAACGUGGAGAUUGAAAUGAAGGCCUGCGAGUACAAGCGGCGGUAAACCAGUGGAUUGUUCGCUCGUUUGACUUGCUUUGGAUUGGAUAUAUACACGAGAUUUAUAUCCAAUCCAAGACGACUGGUUUUAAAUCGAAACAGUUCAUUGGUUAAUAUAAAGGAAAGGAUUCCAUUGGCGCAUUCGCAAUCUUGAAACGGCCUUCGGAAUUUCGUAAAAUUUGGCUGGAAUGUCAUGGUUGGUGAAUGGAACGAGCUUGACCAUCAAGCGCGACAGCCCCAAGCUUCCAUUCACCUAGCAAGGACUCUAGCGCGUGCUUUCCUCUAGUCGAAGGCUGCCAAAACUCGACCGAGUCGACGUCCGACGGAGCUAUGGUCGUGGGCUGGCGGAACUCCAUCUCCAGGGACAACCCAUCCCCCACAAACAUGGCACUGUUCGUUGGCUGUGGUUGGGCCGUGGGUUGAUUCCUGCCAAACAUGGCAGCCCCCAAUUGCUUGCUUUUGACGACAUACGCGGCCUUCUUGGCCGCGAGCACAUGCUUUUCGUGGACAAGGGCCGAGUCCUGCGGGGCCAACGCUAAAGCGCGGUCCAAAUCUACUUGCGCCAGCUCAAACUUGUCUUGCAUGCGGUACCCCAUCGCUCGAAUGUACAGCGCUUUCACGCUUUCGCCAUCAAGCUUCAUGGCCAAGGACGCAUUCAGGAUGGCUUGGUCCACGUGUUUGGUUUUGAGGCGGCAGAGCGCAAAGUUGAGCAGGAUGCGCUUCUUCAAAUCGUCCAUCUAGUAGGGCAUCCAUCAUGUUAGGACACUACGGACAGAAACGUACUUCGACUUGUUCAGCGUCCGUGUCGCUGAAAAUGUACUCAAAGUACACAAGCGCGUGGUGGAAAUGGUAUGCCGCUCGCUGGUACUGUCCGUGGGCAAAGAAGCGAUUGCCGAGGCGACGGAACGUGUCGCACUGUGUCAACUUGGCGCGUGUCGUCAUAUCCAUCAACUUUUGCUCGGCCGAGUGGUCGUGGUUGCACGAUGUGCGCAUACUUGCACGCUCAGACUUGACCCUCGCAGCAUGCUCCUUGGCUGCGAGCUCGUCGGGGUCUUCCCAUGCACUCCACUUUUCAUAUUCGCGCGUCCAGUCGUACCCCCGUUCGCGAUCGAGCUUCGCUUGCACCGCCUCCUGCCUGUCUCGUGCUUGCUUGGAGUGCUCCACCUGUGCCAAGUACUCUUCCGCCGAUACCUUCUUCCCGUCCUCUUGAUACUUGGACACGUUCGCCAACAUCUCGACGAUCUCUGGAGUCAAUCCGCAUGCCAUCGCGUCUGUCGGCGUCGGUUCGCAACCUAAAACUCAAUCCUUUCUCUGGC